AUGUCUAUUGUAUCAAAAUACCUACCUUUCGCAUCUUCCACGACCACCACACAGGCGUGCGCUUACCUCGGAGCUGUCUGUCUCUUCUCCAUCUCCUUCCUCGUUUUCCUCAACAGCAGCGUGUCCUUUGUGAUUACGGACCUUAUCGGCGUAAAAGAUGGCGUGGGAGAUCUAGUUGGCACAUUGGGAUUCGUGGAUGAGCUGGUAGCUCUGUUUGCGUGUCCGAUAUGGGGGAUUUUGUCGGAUCGACUGGGAGUGAGGAUUGUUUGUGUUGCGGGGUAUACCAUUGUUGGGCUGGCACUUUUCGUCUUUGUGCAAGCAAAGAAUGUAUAUCCACAGCUUCUGCUGGCUAGGAUUCUGUUCAGUGUUGGGGGAGCGGCGACUGCUACGAUGGUCACAGCAAUUCUUCCUUCGAUGACUGGCAACUCCCACGAACCUGAAUACUCGGACGGUCAUCAAUCCUCCGAAUCUACUAUAAGAGAUCCUUUGCGCCAUAGCGUUUCGAAUUCCUUGGAUUCCGAAGUUACAAUAACCCCGUCGAAUUUCGCAGGAGCACCACCGCUAGCACCACAAAGGAAUCAGGAGGCAGUAGAGCACAAGCAGGAUAAAAGGACAGGGUCGAGCCCACCACGACUAGCUGGUCUAGUUGGUGUGUUUACAGGAUGCGGGGCUCUUGUCGCUUUAGUAGUGUUUCUUCCAUUACCAGCAAGAUUUUCUCGUCUUGAGGGUGUUACUCAAGGCCAGGCGGUUGCAGACAGCUUUUACGUUGUCGGAGCGAUAUCGCUUCUAGUGGCUGUUGCAUGUCUUUUCGGCCUUCGUGGUCUACAAGGUGAGGAGGGAAAAGGGUGGAACUUGCUCUUGGGGAGAAAAUCCCCUGAAGGGUACCAGGCUCUUGGCCCACAAGGCAGUGCAGACCACAAUCGACCCGACAGAGUGCCCUUCCUGCCAUAUUGGCGUUUACUUCUAGAUUCAACGAUUCUAGGUUUCAAGGAUGCUCAAAUUGGGCUUGGAUACUUGGGAGGUUUCGUGGCUCGAGCGUCAUCUGUUGGAAUUUCUCUUUUCAUUCCACUCUACGUCAAUGCGUACUUUAUUCGAAAUGGUUUCUGCCAAGGCUCCCCAAAUGAUACUUCUCCGGAGUUGAAGAAGGAAUGUAGGGAAGCUUACGUACUCUCAUCCAUUUUGACCGGAGUCUCACAGUUAGUCGCACUUCUCUGUGCUCCUGCAUUUGGAUACCUCUCAGAUCGUUACCGACGUUUCAAUAUUCCAUUGUUGGUAGCAAGUGUGUUUGGUAUCGUUGGUUAUAUGGCUUUUGCGAAACUUGUCAGUCCAGAGAUCAAGGACAAGGAGGGCCGAGGUGGAAGUCCGGCUGUGUUCCUAUACGUCUCCAUGAUUGGUAUCAGCCAAAUCGGAGCUAUCGUCUGCAGUCUUGGACUUCUUGGACGAGGUGUGCUUGGUGACGAGGGUGGAUAUAAUCUGUCCUCCCAGCUAAGAGGGGAUCAUCCUACGUUGCGGAACCCUUUCAGUGAAACCGCGGAAACAGCCCCGCUUGUCGCAGCGCUUCCUGCUUCCAGCUCGAGAAAUUAUUUGAAAGGUUCUAUCGCUGGAGUGUACUCACUCUCUGGGGGUGCAGCGAUAUUAUUGCUCACAAAGUUGGGCGGAACACUCUUUGAUACACUCUCGCCUGGAGCGCCUUUCUACAUGAUGGCAAUCUUCAACGCGAUAUUGCUGGUUAUUGGGGUUGGUGUUGGUAUCUACCGGGAGAUUCGCUCUCAGAAGUUGAAGUAG